CUUUAAAUAUUUUAAUUUUUUAUAAAAUAUUUGUAUUACGCAUUUAAUUUGUUUUGAGUACUCAGAAAGAGAACACUGAAAAUACAACGGCUUCGUUGCCUUACCAGUGAUGUCUAGUCCGCAUGAAAUUAAUGGAAAAAUUGAUGGAUCGGUUUUAAAAAAUUGUAUAUCAAAACAGGAGACAUGUCCUUGUUUGGGUUCAAUCCCAGGAUUUUUUUGGGUGGACGACAAGACAAUUGGAGCUUCUCAGGGGUUUACUUUUGCCUACAUUGAAAAAACAUCGACACCGUCUACAGUUAAAAUUAUUAUUUUUUCGUAUAACAUAGAUGGGCAUUUCGAUUGUAGAAAAGCUAUGAAAUGGGUAGAAUAUUUAUCUAGAAAACGUAAAAUUGAAAGUGAAAAUACACAACUUGAGUAUAACGUUCCAAAUUGUACUUUUUACGUACAAGAAAAAUGUUUGAAAACUAUCUGUAGUAUAAAACCUCUUAUGAAAGAUGAUAUCUUCUUGUCCAUUGUGAAGGGCUACAAUAACAAAAUUGAUGAAGAAACUCAGAAUACAUUUUUUAAUUUCUACAAAGUUGAUAAUUGUAUUAAUUUGCUGACAAUUGCUCCCUCUUCUGUUUUGUUAACUUUACGUUUAAGAUAUUUCGCAAGUCCAAAGCCUUUAGUUUACACAUUUGCAGGAUCUGUUCUUUUAUGCAUCAAUCCUUUUUCUCAAGAGCCAUAUAAUUUUAAUGCAGCUCAAAUUUUUAAAAACGAAACGACUAACAUUUUCGAACUUCCUCCUCAUCCCUUUACAAUAUCAGAGAAGUGUUUCCGUCGUCUUUGUGUCAAUAGUGUAAAGCAAACCAUUAUAAUUUCCGGGGAUUCGGGAGCAGGAAAAACAGAAACUGCUAAACUACUUAUGAAUUAUCUUGCAGCAAGAAAUUAUAUUUGUUCUGCAGAUCCAAACGAGGACAUAUAUACCUGUCAUGAUGAAAUUUACCAAAAGCUUAGCCGAAUGAAUCCAAUUUUGGAGUGUUUCGGAAACGCAGUUACAUGUCGUAACAAUAAUAGCAGUCGUUUUGGAAGACUGAAUAAACUUUAUUUUAGAAAUGGCAUAUUGAAAGGGUCUGGAGUUAAAACAUACCUUUUAGAGCGUUCUCGCAUAACACACCCGGAUAAUGACGAAAGGAAUUUUCACAUUUUUUAUGCUCUAUUAAAAGGAGGAGAUCAGACGUUACUGCGGGACCUAGGUCUCACAAGCGAUGGAAAAGUGUAUAAUAUACUACCAAAUUUUAAUGGAGUGACCUACGGAAUUUCUUCUUUAGAUGAUACUGACAAAAAUAACUUUAAUCUAUUGGAGAAAUCGUUACUUGCGCACGACUUUACCUCUUGUGAAAUUAUUGAUAUAUAUCGCAUUGUGGCUGGCAUUUUACAUUUAAGUCGACUUACCCAAUCUGAUUUGGAGACUUUUGAAAUGUUAAAAGAAAACGAUGUAAUGAACAUUGCAACUACUGUCUUAGGAAUUCCAUUAAACGAUUUUGCUUCCCUUAUAUGUACCAGAAAAAUAUGUCGAGGAGGAGAUAUGACUCCUCGUCCGCUAUGUGCUCGAGUAGCCAUGACGCGUACAAUUAUGCGUUGGUUGUACUAUAAGUUGUUCGAAGAUAUUAUUGUGAAAAAACUUAACGCCAUUACUCCUCAGGAAAAUCAACACAUAUCAAUUUUAGAUAUUUACGGGUUUGAAUGUAUGCCAAAUAAUUCAUUCGAACAACUGCUUAUAAACCUAGCUAAUGAAAAGUUACAACAAUUUUUUGUUCAUCAUCUAAUUGUCGCUGAGCAAGAAAAGUAUUGUGAUGAACAAAUCAAUUGGAAACCUAUUAAAGUAAAAACUGGAAACAAAGUGAUUCAAUGCAUCACAGGAAAAGGCGUUCCAGCUGUGCUACCGUAUUUAGUUGAUGUCGGUCGCCUUGCAUCAAGUGAUUUGACAGAAGCUGAAAAAUCUCAUGAAUUACUUUUUUAUAAAAAAUUAGGGACAGUUCACGAAGCACACAAGGAUAUAUGUUUUUUAGAUUCUACAGGAAAAACUGGUGAUAUGUAUUUUUCGAUACAUCAUUUUGCGGGAACCGUCACAUAUGAUGUCAACGGUUGGUUACUCAAGGAUAAUGACAAAGUAGAUCCUGAAGUCUACAAAUGUAUGAUGAAAUCUAAUAAUACUCAUGUUCGCCACUUUGCUUCCCUCUCACAAGAGAAGGAAACGGGAUUCGGACGCUUCACUCCUAUCUCACAACGGUUUGUCAGCGAUGUUGACCGAUUGUUACUCGAUAUGUCAAAAACUGAUAUAUCUUUUAUUCGUUGCUUUUCUCCCAAUGAGAAACAAAAAUCGCAUUGUUUUGACGGUUCCUAUGUACUACGACAAAUGGAACAAAGCGGAACAAUAGAGUUACUUCACGUGUGUCAGUCUGGAUACUCUUUCCACCAUCAUUAUACAACUCUUCACCGACCUUUCCAAAACUUACUUUGGCAUGUGUUAUUCUCAAAGACAUCUCAUACAUGUGAAAAUUUUCCAUUAUUAAACUCUGCAAAACAUUUAGUUAAUACGUUCUUGUAUGUAUUUAUUCCUGAGCAACGUGAUUUAUGGGAAAUGGGGCUCUCAAUGCUUUUUGCUCGCCACCCAUUAAGCGAAAAUUUAUCUCAACUUAUCCAUGUUAACAUAUCGUCACAUCCUCACGCUGAAAAAAUUCUUUCAAAUUUUCAAUGGAGAACACCGUCAUACACUAGCUUUCUUGAAAUAUAUCACUCCUUAGCGUUAAGACCAUGGAGAAGUAUUUUACGACCUAUUGUAAUGGUCCUUAAGAUUUUUCGAACAGCUCGAUUUUAUUGUGUGGAUAAAGCUGUAAAAUAUAUACCUCAAAAACUUUACUUCGCCUAUUGGAAAGAAUUUAUACAAGCAAACAAGAAGUUGUUACAGCCAAUUUACGAACACAGUCCCCAAGCGGUCUCUGUUGAUACAAAAUAUGUUAGCCCCUGGUUUUUCACAUGGAGACAUAAAAUGUUUUUAAUUCCUUCUACUACGAGUACAUUGUUUUUUGAUGGGAGCAACCUCUGGAUAGUUGAUAACGACAAGGAAUCCCACGCGAAACGACUUUUUUUCUAUCAACUUUAUAAUCUCAAAAAUACUACCCAGAGGUUAUGCGGUCCCACUGUGAAGAAAUUAUUUUUAAAAAAUGCCGCCUCUCCACAAGAAGAUUUUGUUUUGGGAAUUUGUCAACAUCCGCAAAAAAAAUCCCUUUACUCAGUCAUUACCAAGAGAAACUGUCUUUACUUUUUCACCUUAGUCUCCUCUUUGGAAACCAAAAAAGGAACUUCAACCGGUAAAACUUUCCAUGGUUGCUACCAUAAGAAAAAAAAAGACAGAAAGCGUUGUCUCGAUAUGCGACAAGUUUUCAUACGACUUUUUCAAAACCACCCUUUGGUUGAUAUACACUCUCUACAUUUUCUUCAAUUGUUUUUUCCUUUUAACAAUAACGAAAAUAUCAUUAUAACACUUUGGUCCUUUCAUCGAAAAAGUCAAUGGAAAGCUAUACCAAAGGAAUUUCUUAUUCUCAUGAUUGAUACGUUUUCAAAUGGCCAUGUUAACAGUCUCUUCUACGGAAAAUUGCCUAGUUUACAUGUUGUGCAUAAUAGCAUUCAGCUGGUAGGUCCAAAACGCUGGACUCUAGCUUUUCCCUGUUAUGCGGACAUUUCCAUUCGUCCCUCAUAUAAAGCAUUGCUUGAAAAUUCUAUAUGCGUCCCCUUAGUCUCUAAUCGUGGAUUUAUUUGGGCAGGAGCCGGAUUCCUGAAAUUGUUUGGCUUCUCACAUAUCUUUAAUAUGACAGAAAGAGCGGUGAACAUUCAACUGCACUGGGAUUCAGAAGCAAUAUUACAUCCCCGACCAUUUCAAAAUCAUUCUGAAAAAACAUUAAGAAACACAUGGAAUUACUGGAUAUUUAAUGCGAUUCACUUACCGUUGCAAAAACAAUUUAUCACAGAACAAUCGCAUGACGCACACGUAUACAAGACUUGUGAUAAUUUAAAUACUACUGACCACGUUACUCCAAGGAAUUCUAGUGUUGCAGACUCUUUUGAAAAAAUUCUUCUAACAAGUUUGCGGGGCGACAUGCUUGUCUUGUCACUUUCACUGGUAAAUACUUGUCUUAAAUGUGACUAUAUAAAACCUUUUCAAGGCUUUCACCACCGACACGGUCUCUUACAUGUGCACCACCUAUCUGGCAAUGAAUGGACUAUAUCUCUCCUAAGAAUCACAAAUUCCGGUUCUCUCGAACAUCUAAUAUUAAAAAAUUUACUUGAAAUGUCAUAUGAAGACAAUAGUAAUUUAAAUAUUACCCCAAAUUUUCAUGUUGAGCAUACUAUGACAAAUCCCGCCAAAUUCACGUGCGUUCAGUUUUACAAUGUGGACCAAAAAAUUCAUUGCACUGCGGCCGAUCUUGUUUCUGGGAUGAUAAAAACCUGGUCUCUUACAGUAUCACCAAGCUUUAAUAUUAUUUACAAGUGUGGUACAGCUUUGCGGUAUUCCCGUCACCAACAGAUUGAAGAUGUUUUUUGUAAAAAAAUGUCAUAAUAAAGAAAAAAAAAUUUUACGAGCCUCAGUCUUUAACUGUGCAUUGAAAAAAAUAUAAUCAUGCACAAUAAAUGUACUGCUUCAUUGCGUAGACUUUCAAAAAAAAAUUUUCUAUGUUUGGAAAUGUAAAUUUUACUUGUAUCUGUCACAAUGAAUCGUUACUUUUAGUGAUCGACACUAUAGGCUAUUUCCGUUAAAGCUAUCGAUGCCUUUUUAUACCCCAACACGUAGGAUAACCUUGAACUUUGAUCUUAAUAAAAACAAGAUAUUUUUCCAAAUAAUUUUAUAAACCUUGUAGUGCAAAUUUUGUUCGUAAAAGUUUUACAAAAAUUAACGGGGUUAUAAUGUAUUUAAAAUAUAGUAAAAAAAGGUUGGAUUCAACCACAUUGUAACCUUUAAUAAAUUAUUGAAAUUACGUAAAACAGUGAAACAAAAACAUUUACGUUAGUUUGAAUUGUUCCUGUCUUUGUCGACCACAACUUUUAAAAAAAUUUUACGUGAGAUAUUUUCUUAGUAAAAAAAAAAAAUAACAUUAUACACUAGUACGUAUUCUUAUAGUUUUUUUGAAUUCCUUAAACGUUUUGGUUUUAUGUUUGAAUGGAGUUUACAACGUUUACUCGCAAUUAAGUUAACAAUAAAGACACACUCAAAAACUAAAAACAACUACGAAUAAUACUUUAGAAAUUUUAUAACUCGAUGUAAUUCACAAUUUUUAAAAUUGAACAAAAUACUAUACGUUUGCAUGUAUCACUAAAGAUUUGUGUCUCUUUGUAAAUAGUUGUUUAUGAGAAAGAUAUAAAGAAAAGCUAUAGUUUUGAAAAAUUGAGUUGGAAUACUGCAUAUAACUUGAACAUUAUGCAUUCUUUUACAUUGAUAUCGCAUGUAUGUGGAAUAACGAUUAAAGAUGCAAAGCUAUUAAAUUUGUAUGAACUUUAUGUAUACAUUCUAUCAAAGCGUACGUCUCGAAAAAAUUCAGGUGCAGCCGUUGUAAGAGCUUGAACCGCGUGAGAUUCUUUUCGUAUAAAGAAAACAUAUUGUUUCUCAUAGUUUACUGCAACAUUUCCACAAAUUUUUUUUAAUUUAAAUACCUUUAAAAGAGUUGUUCUAUAACUUUAAAUUACUAUUGUUUUGAUUUUGUGUUUAAUUGACAAAAAUUUUAGUUAGUGUUUUAUCAAUUCUUAAUUUUCGUGCUUUCCUCGACAUUGUGUAAUAUUUUAAUAUAAUAAUAAAUCGCUACUAAAAUUUCAAAAACUAAGUUACAAUUUUUAAAUAAUCUAUUCCUUCUUGAAAAAAAAAAGGUUUUCUUGUUACAUUCUAGUACUACUGGGCCAUGCAUUCAGAUAAAUCCCGUUUCGGAUCAUUUCACCUUCUAGUCUUAUUUGCUAGUAAUAUAUUUUUACUACAAAAUGUAUAUAUCUCUUUUCGUCUACCUUCUUUCAAACAUUUAUUGGCUGGUACAAGUGGAUUAUUAAGUAUUAUAGUCAUUUGUGCAUCAACACAAACUAAAGUUGAAGUAGGCUGCUUUCUAGCUUAUGCUUGGAUACUUUUAGGUAUAGCUUUAGGCGAUUUCAUCCGCCUAUGGUUGACAGUUUUAAGAAACGUCACGAUAGAACGUGACGUAAAAGACUAUACUAAUAUUUAUAGUACAUCGGAAUUGUCAGGUGAUGAAGCAUGGUUUGUUAUGCCUUUCAACCAUUCCGAGCCGUCUCAGAUCCUCUCUAGAAUUAUGUCAUCUGUCACUUUAUCUUCAAUACCUGCACAAUUUCUUUUAGCUAGUUUCUUAUUAAUGCUUAGUGCAAGAAUUGCAAAACUACUAUCUCAGAAUAAGUGUAACAGAAUCCAAUCGUCUAAUUGUUUUUUGUGGAUUUGUCAAGCAAUGUAUCGUUUCCUUUCUUAUGUUUGGUUGGCAAUAGGAUCAUCUGUUUUGUAUUAUUUAUAUCAAAAUGACUCCAUUUCAUCUUUGCAAAUUUUUCAUGAUACUUAUUAUACAAUUAAGCCACUCAUAUGGGAUCGCUACGAUUCCUUGCUAAUCACUGCGUUAUCUUCAAGUGUUCUUACUGCUAUUUUUAUUGUUUCCAGCGAUAUCUUCAAUGAAGACAAUCGGAUACUUGCUUGGAAUACUAUUGUUUUAUCUCUUUCUUUUUUAUCCAAUGUUUUCUUAUUACUUGCAUCCUACUUUUUUAGCGAAUCACUGUUAUACCGAGAAAAAGAUUUUUCCUUAUGUAUACCGUUCAUUCUGACGUCAAUAUGGUUCUUGGCACUGAUUCUUUUAAAUCCAUUCUUUAUCCUAGCUCAGAAAGAAACGAAUAUAGUUGUGACUCCAAUAGACUCGUUAACAUAUGCUAAACAACAAAGUGAAAACACUACUCGUUGUUCAGAAUCUACUAAAACCUAUACUACAGUACCACAAAUCUCCUCUAAUUAUCCGACUACUGCAUCUUUUUCAUGUAACUCAUUGUCUCUUCCACCAGUCGUUUUAUCUCAGCAGCCUCGUUAUAUCGCUCCAACUUCGGAGGCCCGUAAUGUAUACAUUGUUUGAUAACAAAGCGUACGACAAUGUUGGUGUUUCCAAAAAUUUGAAUUUUUUUUGAAGAAUAAUGAACUAAUCCAAAAAUCAAUUUUUUUAGGAAACGUAACAAAUCGUGUAAUAAUUUUUUCAAGCGCGUUUUGCCUUGAUUGCACAUGAUGUAUUGAAUCGUCUUUUUUAACAAAAAACUCACAACUUUCUAAUUUAGUUUAACAGCUUGUCUUUAAAUCAAAUAUUAAUUAUAACAAAGCUGUUAUUAUAAAAGGUUUUUAUCAAACUUUAAACACCGAUUGCCUGUUUUUUUAAACUAGAACGGUACGAAUUGAAUUAUCAUUUGUAAUUUAUGGUAAUCGACUCGUGAAACCCCUUUGUUAAAAGAUAGUGACAGAAGCAGUACCUAAUUUAAAACAGUAUGACUAGCAAUUUUUUCGAUGCGGAAAACAAAUUUGGGAAAAAGAAAAAAAAAUAAAGGAAGACAAAGAAGAAUGAUGACCAGUGCUUGGUGAACUUUUUUUCUCUUCCUUAAAAAGAUAAAUUGAUUCAGGUCAUUAGUUGAGUAAAGUUUUCAUUAGAAUACAUGGGCCUUUAUGUAUCUAAAUACAAGAAGGCGAACGAUUAUGACCACGAUAACAUGGAAUCCCUUCCUGCCAAAUCGCCUUAUAAUUUAAUUCUAGGAUCAUCAAAAUUGUAUGGGAAUUGUAUUUGUAUUUCAGAGCCAGAUUUAAAAACAUUAAAAAAAAUUACCUGCGAUAUUUAUAUUUUUAUACUACCAUACGAUAUAAAACUUCAGAACAAAACCUUGGAAAAAGAUACACAACUUGUCAUACGACAGUAUCCAAUUGAUUCAGUAGAAGUUCUUUUAGAAUUAGGUCAUGGGCGUCAGUUGGAAAAUCCAAACGCUCAAUGGUUUCAAAUUAUGAAAAUUUUUCCAAAUCCUUCUGCUUCAACUGGUAUUUUUUCUGAACAUAAUAACUCCAAUUCUUUACCUGAGAUGACCUCAAAUUUUCUAUCAUCUACCCACGAAUUGCAUCAUUUAAAACAUCCAGACUCAAUCUAUACUUCCACAGAUAAGUAUGAUUUUAGCAAUUCUCUUCAUAAUCAUUAUAAUCGUUCAACGUCUUUUCAAACAUGUCAAGUGGCAUCCCAUCACAGCAACACAAGCGUUACUAACUCGAAUUUCAAUGAAACGUUAAAUUCGAUCACUCAAAAAAAUCAGUCUACAUCGUCAUUUUAUACGUAUGAUACCAAUUUGUAUAAUACGCCUAAAAUUUCAACUUUUGAAACUUCCAUCAUUAAAACACCGUCCUCCUUUUGGUCUUUGAGGAAAGAAAUAGAACCUAACGUAGCAUCCCACAAAAUUAUUCAACAUGAAGACACUCAACCAUAUCAGCGAAACCCAUCUAUAGACUCAACUAUAUCCUGCAAAAUUCCUUUAACACCCCCCCAUUGUAAUGCUUCAAACACUUCCAACCAUCAAGAUUCUACCACUAGCACGACAACACCUUUAGUACUCAAUGAUCAAGCGUGGUUGAAUCAACUUAAGUCAAAUUUUCUUUUACCAAAGAAUACCAAACAUAUUUCGGUAUCAGAUCAAUCAGCAUUUGUUUCAAAAACAUUACCUUUUUUAACGCCCAAAAAGAAAACUAAAAAAAAUACGGGAUGGUCAACUAAACCAAUUGACUUGUUUCAUUCUGAACCGGAUUCAGAAGAGUCAAGUUCCCAUCACAACAACGGAUCACGCCAAACACGCUCCGGUUUACGUUACUAGUACAAUGACUGUCUACAAAAAAUUGCGUUUCAUUCAUGACUUGAUCGUUAAUCUCAAAACUUAUUUCAAAACAACAACAAAAAACCUUUUUCUAUUAAAAAUAUUUUGUUUUCUUAAGAUUAUAUUAAAGCCUUUUUUAAAAGAUGAAACCAAUCUCGAAACCUUAUGUUUCUAAUGGCCCGAAACAUUGGACCCUAUAAAUUAGUACCUCUACACUCUAUGGUGCAAUCGACAUGGGUACUAACAACUUUUCCAUUGAAUUUUUUUUUUUUUUUCCAACAUGUUCCUUCAAAAAAUAAAAUGAAAAGGUUUUAAAAUCUUGUCUCAAUAUACAACAUUUUUUUUUAUUUAAACAAUUUUUCCGAAAAGUCAAAAUAAAUAGGGUUAUUUCAGAGUUAAAUGGAAAAGCUCACUUCAUGCCACGCUAUCGCAGAAAACAGAGUUUUUUCUAUGUUAGCAUAGAAAAACCUACGUAUUGUGAACUGAAUGGAGGAAAACUGCUAUAAAUGAACAAAAUCUAGUCUUUUAAGCAAUUAUGUAUUUAGCAAAUAGCAGAAACUGAAAAAAAGUAAUCUUUCGAUUAAUCAAGAAAAUGCAAAAAAAAAACAGUGGUGCACGCGAGUAUGUUGUGUGGAAAAAAAAAAAUAAAAAAUCAUCAUCCGUCAAGUUUUCGGGUGGUAAUACGAAAAAUCAAACUGACCAUUCUCAAAAACCAACUUCAGUAAAAAAUAAAACCAUUACGUCCAAAGUCAAUGGCAAUCGGAAACAACAUCACCGAAUGUCUAAUACACAUGUACACUUGACCCAGAGAGAAAAGAAAAGUCGUGUUCGUUCAAAAUGUCGAGCGACGGGUACAUAGAGAAAAACCAAUUUUUUUGUGUGUGAUUUAUGUGCGAAACCGGAUACUUACACAAAAAAAAUAUAUAUAGGUUUUCCGUUUAGACUGCCGGGGCAUAAACAGAUGACGGGAAAAUCGUUUUAAUUAAAAUAGUUACGUCAAAAAAAAAAAGUAUAUGUUUUUUAAUAGUAAAUAGCUGUUCCGGUUUAGUAAAAAUAAAAAAAUUUGAGCAAGUAAAUAAUUGUUUUUUAAUAUAACAUAACUUUAUGUGGCAAAAAAAAAAAAAUUUCACACAUUAUUUUAUCUUUCUAUAGCAAAAAAAUGCUGUCA